AAGCUCUGCCGCGCCUGCUUGCUGGCGCCGGUCUGGAGACGAACUGUGAAUGUGGCCCGGGCAGAAUUUGUACAGUGGCUCAAAAUUUGGGCGCACAAGCUUGCAAAGAUGCCGACGGACAUCCGCAAGUUCUUUGCCCCAAAAGCUCCAAAACGGGAUUCUGUGGUUGCUGCGAAGCCUGAAAAGCAGGAUGCGCCUGCGAAGCCUCCCAAAGUUGAGGCGCCUGCAGAGGUGCCAAAGCGAUCGAAGAAAGAGGAGACACAGGUGAAGCCGGGGAAGCGGGCCAAGAAGGAAGAACCGGAAGAGAAGAAGGCGCAGGGGGCAAGCCCCUUAGAAAGCUUUAGAAACAAGGCUGCGCCCAAGGAGCGCAAGCGGCCCAGCGAUACCAGGGACGAUGUCAAAAUCGUGUCACCACCAAAGAAGCAGAAGGUCAAGGAAGUUGACGAAGAUGAGCUCGACGAAGACGAGGAUCCGUCUCCAGCCCCAAAGCCCAAGCCCAAGCCGGCUACGACUAGCCCAGCUGCGACCAAAGCUGCUACCCCAAAGCCUAGCCCCGCAGCGAAAACGCCUGAGCCUGCAGGGCCCAGUGGGAGAGGGGCUGGAGCUCCACCGAGGGGGGGUGCUGCUGGAGCCGGAAGAGGGGGGGGGAGAGGGGGCGGCGGGGGCGGUCGGGGAUGGGGGGGCGGGUUUGGGCAGCGGGAAGCACCUCCUCAUAAAGGAGAAAAGGACGUUCCAGAAGGCAAAGAGGAUGCACUGAAGGGCCUAACUUUCGUCAUCAGCGGGGUUCUUGACAGUCUCGAGCGAGAAGAAGCCGAGGACCUGAUCAAGCGGCACGGCGGGCGAGUCACGGGCUCCAUUUCGAAGAAGACGAGUUACUUGCUAGCGGACGAGGACGUCGGAGGGAAAAAGUCGCAGAAAGCGAAGGAGCUGGGUACGCCGUUUUUGACGGAGGACGGACUGUUUGAUAUUUUACGAGCGUCGAAGCCGCAGGCGGGGAAGUCCAGCAAGGCGGCCAUCGACGCGCUGCCGGACGAAGUUGCGGAGACGGUGCGGGCAGCCAAAGCCAAGACGGAAGAACAGGAUAAGAAGGCGGCCGCCGCCGCCAAGAGAGCGAGCGCGAAGAAGCCCGCCGCUGCGGGGAAGGACGUCAAGCCCGACGUUCCGGGGGAGGCCUGGGUGCACAGAUAUGCGCCGCAGAGCCUGGACGAUAUGGUCGGCAACCAAACGCUGGUGAAGCAGCUGAAGGACUGGCUGGAGUCGUGGGAGCAGGUGCACAACGGGGGCGGCAAGGGCAAGAAGAAAGUGACGACGUCUUCCAAGCCAAAGGCUGCGCUGCUGAGCGGAGACCCGGGCAUCGGCAAGACGACGGCCGCCAGGCUGGUGUGCCAACAGCUGGGCUUCCACGCACUCGAGGUGAACGCGAGCGACAGCCGCAGCAAGGCUGACGCCAAGGCGCGCAACGGAAUGGGCGGCAAGACGUCCAACAUCGUAAAGGAGAUGGUGACGAACACCGCGCUCGCGUUCGGGAUGGACGAACAGGAGGCAGCCCCGGUCCAAGGCAAAGGGAAGAAGAAGGUGGAGGAGCCAGAGCCCGCCACCCAGAGGCGACCCGUGUUGAUCAUGGACGAAGUCGACGGCAUGUCGGGAGGGGACCGGGGGGGAGUGGCCGACCUGAUUGCAAGUAUAAAGACCAGCAAGAUUCCCAUUAUUUGCAUCUGCAACGACCGGUACAGCCAGAAGAUCCGGUCGCUCACCAACUACUGCCUGCAGCUCAACUGGCGGAAGCCCACGAAGCAGCAGAUGUCGAAGCGGCUGGGCUACAUCGCACAGCAGGAGGGCCUGACAAUCGCGGAUAACGCGCUGGAGGAGCUGGCAGAGCGGGUCAACGGGGACAUGCGCAUGGCCAUCAAUCAGCUGCAGUACAUGGCGUUGCUGUCGAGCACCGUAAGCUACGGCGCGAUGAAGGCGCGAUUAACGGCGAGCGCCAAGGACGAGGACGUGACGGCCUUCUCGGCCGUAGACAAGCUGCUCGGCUUCGAGGGGGGGCGCCUCAGCAUCAAUGCGCGCCUGGACCUUGCAAUGCAGGACGCCGAUCUAGAGCCGCUCAUCGUGCAGGAGAACUAUCUCAAUUACGGGGGGGGUCUUGGCGCGGACGAUCCACGUCGGCUCGACGUCAUGACCCGUGCCGCUGACGCCAUUGCGGAUGGUGACGUGGUCAACGGUCGUGUCCGGCGGUAUCAGCAGUGGGGGCAUAUGCCGUUUAGUGCCUUCAACUCGACCGUGCUGCCGGCGACUUAUUUGCACGGCAGACGGGAGGUGCUGGCCCCGGGCGAGCGCAACUUCAACCGCUUCGGCGGCUGGCUGGGCAAGAACUCGACGCAAGGCAAGAACCGGCGGCUGCUGGAGGAGCUGCGCGUGCACGUGCUCUACUCCAAGUGCGCGGAGCCCACGUCCGGCACUUUGCGGUUGGACUACCUGUCCCCGUUGAGCCGGCGGCUGACGGAACCACUGCGGGACGACGGGAAGGAGGGCGUGGAGGAAGUGGUGGAGCUGAUGGAGGAGUACGGGAUCAGCCAGGAGGACUACGAUACCGCGCUGGAGCUAACAAAGUUUAAGGACUUCGCCGACCCCCUUAAGGGCGUCCCUGCCGCCGUCAAGUCCCACCUGACGCGCACGUAUAAGGGCCGGGCCAAGCUCCGGCACGUGACCGCCCCCGACAUGAUUGCGCUCCCGUCGGCCGCUAUGGCCAAGAAGAAAACCAAGAAGGUGCCCGCGCGACUGGACGUCUUACCGCCAGACGAAGAAGGGAGGCCGGCCGAAGACGAAGCGCUGCUUGAAGGUGACGAGGACGAGAACGACGAUGAGGAUGCCGAGCAAGUGGAGAAAGAGGCCGCGAAGGAGGUCCUCUCCAAGUUGGCUGCUAGCAACCGCGAUAGAAACGGAAACGGCAGCAAGAAAAACUCGAGGCCCGCGGCCCGGGCUCCCUCUUCUGCCGGCCCUAGUAAGAAACGGAAAUAGACGGGGGGUCAUUUUCAUUCGGGAAGCACCCGGUCCGUUUGCGACAAUUCGUUUUGAGCUCGUUAUGGAUACGUUAUGGACGAUUGAACCACGAUAAGUCCGGGUUAAACGAGUCCGGUUAACUACGCUUGCUGUUUUCCACAACGAGUCAUGCUUCACGCUUC